AUGGCCGCCGAUCGCGAAGCUCUUUCGAGGACGAUUUCAGAAGCCGUUUCUAGAGCAGUUACCGACGCAUUGACUGCAACAUUAUCGCCGGUAAGUAUAGAUAAUAUUUCGCCCUUUUUGCCUUUUGAAUUUUCAGUAUGAAUAAAGAACAGUGUAUAACCGACUUAUAACGGGGUCAACUUUAAAUCGAGACACAGUCCUCGGAGUGAGUUCAUUGUUUACUGUACGUGUUGACGUUGUGCUUCGUAGCAAAUCUGUGCAAUUUCGUAUCAUUUGCUCACUCCCGUUCAGCAUAAGCGUCAAUACAUUUGAGGUUGACCCCCACUCAAUUCACGAUCUAAAACGCUUAAUGAAACCCACCAAUUAGCAAUUCCGAGGUUGAUGAGUGGACUGGGGACAAGUGUUAAAAAGUCCCCUAAUAAAGAAAUGAACCAAAUCACUGCCAUUUUUGGGGUACUUUUUUCCAAGACUGAGCGUAAGAGCAUGUAACGACCAACUAUUUAUAAUUUUUAAGGUAAAUUUCAUCUGUAAAUAGUUUGUUUAUUCCAAAAAAUUGCUUUUCACGUUGUUAUAAUAAUGUUUACACCCGUUUCGAAAAAAUGAAAGCACCCAAAAAUGGCGGCGUAGAAAGGCUAAUUGCAUAUCAUGAGAAGUUUAAAGGUUAUUUAUAUUAAUAAUAAACAUGUACUUCUUUAUUAGGUUAAAUUUGCAAACACCCUUGACGAAUUGAAUCGGUAUCUGAAAGAAGAGUAUCUGCAAUGCAUAUUACAAGCUCAAGGUCAUUCCCUCCAGGCGUCAUGUUUCGACGAAAAAUCUAAAUUUGUCAAAGCCAUUUUAAAUUACGUGUUAGUGGAUUCCACCAGGUAUCUACUAGAAGAGCUAAUUGAUGGAUUUAAGGUGGUGGGUGUACUUGACGCAAUAAGACAAUAUCCUGAACAGUUCCUAGAAGUGUUAUGUGAGAACGAUACUAAGUUAGAUGCGAUCAUGGGCGUCCUUAUUUUUGAAGUCCACUUAGCGGAAGACGGUACAAAUAUACGUCCAACUCAAGAGAGGGCUGUAGUAUUUUGGAGAGAUUUCUUGCAAGAUUGUUGCGGUAAGUAGCACAUAGUACAUACAGCAAUAAUUUCACACCCCUGCUUAUGAAAUAUCACUGUAGUAUAAGGCAUAAUCAAAUUAAUUUUUGAACAUUAAGUAGGCUCGUGGAAAUAUACCCGGUAGAUAUUAAAAAUCAUAUUUGUCUUUUCACGAUCUGUUACACUUAUUUUAAAUUAUGAAAUUAGAUUAUGAUAAUUACGAUAAUACACCAAAACAACUACAAUAAAAACAAUUAUAAUAUAGUCAUCCACCAUAUAUGAGCUAUUCUGCAAUCGGGUUGGUUGAGAUACUCGCAGUAUAUCACCUCAUAUACGGUGGGUAGCAAAAACAAAAUGGUGGAAAAAACUAAAUUAAAGAGUUUUGCGAACCGGAAAACAGCGAAAUAUUCGCUUUAGAAGCGACAAAAACGGACAGUAAGGAUUCAAAAAUCAUUGACAUGGUAGGGAAUACAUUUAUUAAACUGGAAGUUUCUGCAAAUUAUUGAUAGCAAAAACAUGUUUACGAAAAAUAUUUUUACGAAAAGCCACACGGCUGAAAAAACGAGUUUUGCAGUCAGUAAGCACUUUAUACUUUACUCAGAAAUAAGGGGUGUCUGUUCUAUUUUUAAAACGUAUCAUAUACGGUGGAUGUCUAUAUUAUAAAACAAUUAUACAUUCGCUCUCGUCGUAUAUGAACUGAUAGCAGACUCGGCUGUGCCUCGUCGGCUAUCAGCUCAUAUACGACUCGAGCUCAAGGCAUAAUUGUUAAUUAACAAUUAUCCGCCGAAGGCGAGGUGAUUAUCGGUGAAUAAAAACCGAGACGAAGUCGAGGUUUUUAUUCACGAUAAUCACCGAGCCUGAGGUGAAUAAUUGUUUUAGUAUAAUUUCAUAGGUGAUUAUUUGGAAAAAAAAUAAGAAAAUACACAUUUCUUCGUCAUUUAAUUGACAAAAAGCUUCGGCCGCUAUUUUGAAAAUCGCUUAGGUGAUUAUCGCGUAAUAAUCACCUCAACGGCAACCAAUCAGCGUGGAGAAUUUUCAAUAAUCACCUAUGUAAUUAUACUAAUUAUAGUUAAUGUGUGAUAAAAAAUAACAGAAAAAUCCAAGCACGCGGUCUCUAAUUUCAUGAAGUAUAUGUAUACAAGUAUAUGUAUCGGAACUGGGUCCGACUUUAGCUUUAAAGUCAGAUGUACUGACAGUACUAUACGCUACUUCUUUUUGUUUAAUAGACAGAGAGUCUGCCAUCACCCUGGCUGAUGUACUAAUAUUCGCAACAGGAGCAAGUCAGCCACCGCCAUUGGGUUUUGACUCAACACCCGCACUAGAAUUUACAGCUGGGAAAUUUCCCACGGCAAAUACCUGUGGCGUGACAUUGUAUAUACCAUUAUUGUACGGGGAAUACGAAGAGUUUAAAGACGCGAUGGAAUACAAAAUUCGUCAUCUUUUGGUCAUGCUUGAAUGA